UGCAUGCGCGCAGCUCCAGCGCCCAGCGGCCGCGGCGGGAAGGAGCGCCGGAGCCGGAGGCAGCCGCCCGCGGAGAGGGGCGCGGAGCCCGGGGGCGCCCCGGGUCCCCGCUGGACCACUUUGACUGUCUAGCGCCCGCGUGCGCUGCAGAGGCGAGGACCAGACUCUUUUGAAUCUCCGGGCAUCUGGGCGCUGGGCGACUCUUGGUAUUUUCGAACUCAACUCGUGGAUUGGAACGGCUCCGCUCCGAGCGCGGCCGGCGGCUUGUAGGCUCCCAGCCCUGGCGGCGGCCGCGGCGCGCGCGCCGUCGGUAGACUCGGCGGGUUAAGGGCGCGAGCCGGCCGCGGGGGUCUCCGUGUGCGCCGCGGGCGGGCCGAGGGCUGAGUGGAGGGGGUCCCCGGAGAACCAGUUUGGGAUUUGUUGUGAACAGCAUGGAGGAGAAUGAUCCAAAGCCCAGCGAAGCGGCGGCGGAGGGGCAGCGGCAGUCGGGAUCCAGCCCCAGCGGCGGCCCGGGCGACGCGGACACUGGCCGCCGGCGGGCUCUGAUGCUUCCCGCCGUCCUGCAGGCGCCGGGCAACCACCAGCAUCCGCACCGCAUCACCAACUUCUUCAUCGACAACAUCCUGCGGCCUGAGUUCGGCCGGAGAAAGGACGCGGGGACGUGCUGUGGCGGCGGCGAAGGCGGCGCGGGCGGCGCGGAGGGAGGCGGCGCCGAGCAGCCCCCGGAGCCCGGCCGGGAGCCCCGGCAGAGCGCGCCUGGUGCGCCGAGUGCGGGCGGGCCGCUGCCCGGCGGCGGCGAAUCUCCGAGCGAAGGGGAAGGCGGCUCCAAAGCGCUGUCUCUGCACAGCGGCGCCAAGAAAGGCGGCGACACCGGGGGUCCCCUGGACGGGGCACUCAAGGCCCGCGGCUUGGGCGGCGGCGACCUGUCGUUGAGCUCGGACUCGGACAGCUCGCAGGCCAGCGCCAACCUGGGUACGCAGCCCAUGCUCUGGCCGGCCUGGGUCUACUGCACGCGCUACUCGGACCGGCCUUCUUCAGGCCCCAGGUCCCGCAAACCAAAGAAGAAGAACCCCAACAAGGAGGACAAGCGGCCUCGCACGGCCUUCACGGCGGAACAGCUGCAGAGGCUCAAGGCCGAGUUCCAAACCAACAGGUACCUGACAGAACAACGGCGCCAGAGCCUGGCACAGGAGCUCAGCCUCAACGAGUCGCAGAUCAAGAUCUGGUUCCAGAACAAGCGCGCCAAGAUCAAGAAGGCCACGGGCAACAAGAACACGCUGGCCGUGCACCUCAUGGCCCAGGGCCUGUACAACCACUCCACCACCGCCAAGGAGGGCAAGUCGGACAGCGAGUAGGCCCGCGCGCGUGCGGGCGGCGCCAGUAUCGAUGCGCGCUAAACAAUGCAAUAAUUUAAAAUCGUGAAUAAAGGGCCAGUGUAUAAAGAAGAUACCAGCAUUCAUAGUGAAAAGCUCGUGUAUUAGCUAUGGUUCUGCAAUAUUCUGUGUAUAUAUAAUUUACAGGUGGUGUAAAAUCCAAAAUAUCUGACUAUAAAAUAUUUUUUGAUUUUUUUGUGUCUGUUUAUGAGAUUAUGCUAAUUUUAUGAUUUUUUUUUUGCAAAGGGGGCCGCUUAGGGUGUCAUCUUUUUUAAUCCCCUAAGCUCCAUUAUGGGACAUUGGACACUUUUUUUUUAAUUUCAAAAGAAGAAAAAAUUAAAACAACUUGCUGAAGUCCAAAGAUUUUUAUUGCUGCAUUUCACACGACUGUGAACCGAAUAAAAAGCUCCUACUUGGUCUAUGAGUUCUGCCACUUUGUUUGUAUGGGCUUGGCGAGGUCCGCAGGAGAGGCCGCACCCCAGCCUGGGCCAGGGCCGUGUCAGGGCCCUGGCGGGCGACCGGAAUGCGGGAGUCCUCCAUGGAGUGUGGGGGCUUGGCCGUGGGGCCUGCGCUGGGCAGUGGGCCCGCGGUGACCCCCGGCCUCGCCCGCUCCGCUACUCCCCUCCUGCUUUCUCUCCCAGUCCAUCCUCCUCCUUGCCAGGCCGGGCCAGGCCUGCGCCUCCGUGCGUGCGUGCGUGCUUCCGUCUGCGUCUGUGUCGCUGUCCCCUGUCCCGCCAAGCGCCACCAGCGCCAACUUUUCCGCCUCCGGGCACAGGGGCUCCCCGGCCGAGGGGCCCACGAGUGGUGGGAUGACCCUCCAGGCCCAGGCUCAGGGAAUGCCCUGCAGCUCUGCCAGCCCCCGCAGACGCCCGCCCAGUCGGCCCCAGAAACGGCGGAGGUCCACUGCCUCCCCUGCGGGGCGGGCGGGCAGAGGGCUCCGAGAGAGUUGGCAUUUUCUUCCUUUCCUUUUUCUUCUCUUCCUUUUUAUUUUUCGUUUUUAAUGGCCACUUUUGCUAUAGAGAGCAUUCAUUAAGGUAAAUUGUGUGUGUAUACAAAUGUAGGUAUGCAUGCACACACACACACACACACACACACACACACACACACAGGCAGGCGUAGAUGAGCCCACAGUUCUGGGACAUGUGACUACCUUGACUUUUAAAGGCACUCUGAAUCCUCCCGCAUUUGAGGAAGAAAAUGUGUAAAUAAUCAUUUCUGAUCACUUUUUGUCUUUCCUUGUUUUUCUAAAUAUACAUUUUAUUUUUUGAAGGUGUGGUACAGUGUAAAUUAAAUAUAUUCAAUAUAUCCCGCCAAGUCCAUAUAUAUAAACAAACACAUUAUAUAUAUUACUCCACACUGUCUUGUGUUUAGUGUAUGGAAAAAGAAUCAUGUCCAGAUGUCCAUCUGUGGCCAGGACAGCCCAGGAGUGUGCCCAGGGCUGGGGCAGGAGUCAUGGCUUUCCCCUGAGGCCUGAGGAUGAACUUCUCUCUUUGCCUUAAACCUCUUUAUUUCACUGCGAUAAUAGUUUCACUUUGUACAUAACGAGUGUAAACGUUUUUUAAAAAGGAAACUAUAAAAACAAAAGUUGUAAUUUAAAAAUCUGUGAAUAACCAUCUGCUGCUUAGGAAACUCAAUGAAAUGAUAUGCCUUUUUAACAGGAAGCAAAGUUUUUUGGUUUUUAAAGCUUUUUGUUUUAUUUUCAGUUUAUAAAACAUGUGCAUUUUACAGUUUCAGUAUCAAAUAUUUAUAAUCUUAUGAGAAAUGAAUGUUUCUAUUUACAACUGUGGUUAUCAAAAUUGUGAACCUUCCCCCUGCAUUUUUGUGUGUUUAAA